CCUCCUCCUCCAUCCCUCCAUCCUUUCCUGCAUCCCUCCAUCCAUCUCCAGCUUGGCCCACACUCUGCCACCUUCCUGGAUCCCAAGAAGAGCCUCCUUGGUGAAUGUUGGUGGUGCCAAGGAGGAGGGAGAUCCCUUUCUGGAUGCCCCUGGGCAGGCAGCAUGCGCCCCGAGGCAGCCCUGCUGCAGGUGGGCCAGGCCAGGCGAGAUGAGGCGCUGACAGGGAUGAGCCAGGGGACUGUAUCCCAAUGGCGUCCUCACAGCCCCUGGAACUGACAGUCUUGGGGAAUGGCCCAGGGUCCAGCCAGGGAGCCCCAGAAGGGGAAGCUUCCUCAUCAAGGACAGUUCCUAGGUUGGGAAUUGAGAAUGCCUCUUACCAAGGGGAAGAGGAGGAAGAGGAAGAGGCAGAAACAUCCUUCCGGAGCAGCCAAGGCACAGCAAGCAGGAACACAGCGCCUUCAAGGGGGGACUUGUCUCCAAGGUCAGAGGAUGCCGCUUUGUCAGACUCAGCUGGGAACUCCGCAGACUAUGGCUUCAUUUUAGCUCUCGUGUUCUUGGUUGGUGGGAUUUUGCUGGUGAUUGUGGCCUACAGCAUCCCCCGGGAGGUACGGGUCAACCCAGACACUGUCUCCGCCAGGGAGAUGGAGAGGUUGGAGAUGUAUUACGCCCGCCUAGGCUCCCGUUUGGACAAGUGCAUCAUAGCAGGUUUGGGUCUGUUGACUUUGGGUGGGAUGCUUCUUUCUGUUCUCCUGAUGGUGUCCAUCUACAAAGGGGAGCUUUAUCGGAGAAGAACGUUCCCAGCCUCCAGAGUUCCUCGAAAGACGUACGGAUCUAUAAACCUGAGGAUGAGGCAACUUAAUGGAGAAGGGGGACAAAACUUGGUUGAGAAUGAGGUCAUCCAGAUGACAGAUGCUACCAACGUCAGCCAAAGCUGCUAAUCUUUUUGGGUUUUUUUUGGAAAUGGUGGGUCUCAAAGAGCCCUUUCUGCUUAAAAGGUUAACUGAAACAACUGUGGGGUUUUCUCUCUCUUGAGGUUGGAAAAAAAGGUUCAGCAUUCAUAUUUAAGGAUAACUUUGUACCAUGAAGAAAUGAAAGAGAGAUGGAGGGAGGGAGAGAGAGAGAGAGAGAGAGAGAGAGAGAGAAAGCAGUUAUUAGAAUUUCAUCACCUCUAUGGGGGUAAUUUUUGGGCCUAUGACUCUGGAGACCAGGGUUCGAUUCACCGCUCAGCCAUGAAACCUACUGGAUGAAAC